AACUACAGUAAUGUGGUGGAGGCCGGCUCAGAGUCGGACGAUGAGGACAAGCUGCACAUUGUGGAGGAGGAAAGUAGCCUGGCGGAUGGGGCCGACUGCGACAGCACCCUGCCAGAUGAUGAGCUCCCCAGGGACCACUGCUGGGACCGAGUGAAGGAGGAUUGUGUGUCAGACGGUGAAGACAAUGUGAGCACGGAUGCCCUGGUGGAGGAGAUGCUCCAGCAAGGAGACACAGCCGUCAUCUACCCAGAAGCCCCGGAAGAUGAGCCGCAACGACAGGGCACGCCUGAUGCCAGUGUCCACGAUGAGAAUGGAACUCCUGAUUCCUUCUCUCAGCUGCUCACCUGCCCUUACUGCACUCGCGGCUACAAGCGUUACAGCUCCCUGAAGGAGCACAUCAAAUAUCGACACGAGAAGACAGAGGAGAGCUUCAACUGCCCCGAGUGCAGCUACAGCUUCGCUUAUCGUGCGCAACUGGAGAGGCAUAUGACAGUCCACAAGGGCGGACGGGAUCAGAGACACAUCACGCAGUCGGGCGGCAAUCGUAAAUUCAAGUGCACUGAAUGUGGCAAAGCAUUUAAAUACAAGCAUCAUCUGAAGGAGCACCUACGCAUCCACAGCGGAGAGAAACCCUAUGAGUGCUCCAACUGCAAGAAGAGGUUCUCCCACUCAGGUUCAUACAGCUCCCACAUCAGCAGUAAGAAGUGCAUCAGCGUCAUCUCAGUUAACGGCAGACCACGCUUGGGGAACACCAAAACCCAGACCCAAGGUCCAUCACCAGUGCUGCCCACAUCGCCCUCAGUCCUUCGCACGCAGAUCAGGGAGAAGCUGGAGCACAGCAAGCCCCUGCAGGAGCAGCUGCCCCUCAACCAGAUCAAGACUGAACCUGUGGACUACGAGUACAAGCCGACAAUGAUCACGUCCCCGACUGCCAUGAAUGGUGGGGUUUUCAACGGAGGUGCUGCUGCUCCUCUGGGCACAGUGCAGGCCGUAGUCCUGCCGACUGUGGGGCUGGUGUCGCCCAUCAGCAUCAACCUGGCAGACCUGCAGAAUGCUCUCAAAGUGGCAGUGGACAGCAAUGUCAUUCGUCAGGUGCUGGAAAACAAUGCCAAAAGCCAGGGGCAGUUGAACUCGGGGUUAACCACUGGAAUACUCCACCCUCAGCAGCAGCAACUCAUCUCAGCCAUUAGUCUGCCUAUUGUGGGUCAGGAUGGAAAUACAAAAAUCAUCAUCAACUACAGCUUGGACCAGGGCCAGCUCACAGCCCAAAACCUGAAGAAAGAGCCUGGGCCAGAUUCACCAGCUCACACCACCACUGACACUUUCAAGUCCCAGAAACUCCCAGAAGAUCUUACGAUCAGAGGCACCAGGUCCAUUGAGACAAAAGAAAAAGAGGAAAAGACCACUAAAACCUGUCUCCUGUGUGAUAACUGUCCCGGUGGGCUGGAAGCCCUCCAUGCCCUCAAGCACUGCAAGAAGGAUUGUCUCAGGCUGAAUGGAGCAGGCCUGGGAAAGUCUGAGUCUGCUGUUGCUGCCCUGCUGUCAGAGGGAGGACUCUGCAACCAGCCCAAGAACCUCUUGUCCCUGCUCAAGGCCUACUUUGCUUUAAAUGCAGAGCCCACCAAGGAUGAGCUGGCCAAGAUCUCUGACUCAGUGAGCCUUCCAGUCCAUGUGGUUAAGAAGUGGUUUGACAAAAUGCAGGAGGGUCAAAUAUCACUGGGUGCCCCAACACCUCCCUCAGAGGAAGAGGAUACCUGUGAAGCCAACGGUGUGGUAUCUCUGGUCCCAGGCAAGGACAAAUCCACUAUGAGUCCUGCUGUGGGCCAGGACAGCCCUACAGAAGCCACCCCAGCAGAAAUAAAUGGUGAUCACAGCUUGCCAGCAUCAUCACUAAACGUGAGAGCUGGCGGUCCAGUACCAGCCCAGACCCCUCAGAGCACAGAGGGACCCCUAGACCUAUCGCUGCCAAAGCCCUCCAGAGAGGAAGCAGAGAGAGUGGUGGCUAAAGCCAGCAUGUACCCUUCUCCCUCCUCUUGCUUGACAAAUGAGGAAGAACCCCUAAACUUAACUUGCACAAAGAAAGAGGCAUCACCACUCUCAACCAUGGGUACCAGUCCCAUCGCACUGUACGCCAGCCAGCCAAGUGCCAAACCCCUCGACAUUGUGACCACGAUGCAAUGCCUCAGGGCUCUAGCCACCAAUAACAAACAGACUAUCCUGAUCCCCCAGCUGGCUUACACCUAUACCACUACAGCAAACAGCCCUGCAGGAACAGAGAUGCACGAAACCAUCCACCUCAACGGAGUGAAGGAGGAGAGACAGGACACAUGCUCGGAGGGCGUAUCUACUGUGGAGGAGCAGAAUGACUCAGACUCAGGUCCUCAGAGGAAGAAGAUGAAGAAGACGGAGAGCGGCAUGUACGCCUGCGACCUGUGCGACAAGAUCUUCCAGAAGAGCAGCUCGCUGCUGAGACACAAAUAUGAACACACAGGGAAGCGACCUCACGAGUGCGGCAUCUGCAGCAAGGCUUUCAAACACAAACACCACUUGAUUGAACACAUGCGGCUACACUCGGGGGAGAAGCCGUACCAGUGCGACAAAUGCGGCAAGCGCUUCUCCCACUCGGGCUCCUACUCCCAGCACAUGAACCACCGCUACUCCUACUGCAAGAAGGAGACGCAGAGCCAAGGAGGAGACAGGGAGAGCCCCGAGGAGGAUGGCGAGGCCCCGGCCGAGAUGGAGGCCCUGAACCACGUGCAGAUGCAGCACAUGGCCCCUCUCCAGCUGGAUUUGGAUGAGCGAGGAAGCAGCACAAGAGAAGACGAGGAGAGCGAGGAAGAGGAGGAGGAGGAGGAGGAAGGUGUGGUAGACAUGGAUGACAUCCAGGUAGUGCAGAUAGGAGAGGAGGAGGAAGAGGAAGAGCAAGGGCAAGGGAAUGAGGAGGAGAUGGAGAGAGUAAUGGUGGGAGAAGAAGGAGAAGAAGAAGAAGAAGAGAAAUCAGAGAUAGAAAUGAAACCUGAGGAAGUGGAGGCUGACACGAGGCAGGAGGAGCUCACAGGCACUCAGGAAGAGGAGGAAGUCAAGAUGGAGGAAGAGGAGGUGAUGGAUACAGAAGGAGGGGUGACGGAGGAGGGGAAUGCAGAGGAAGAGGUCAGAGAGGAGAGCGGAGUCGAAACAAACAGGAACACGGGUUCUGAAGACGAGAACCAGACGCCGCAGGAGGAAGGAGAUACUGACUAAAAGAGGAACCAGACUCCUCCAUGAAACACAAUCAGAUUCCUCCUCUCCUCGUGCAGAGGAAGAACCCAGGAGAUGAUGUCUGGUCACUCUGACAGUUUGUUUCAGUUCACUACUGUGUAGAAAUCCAGGUGUGCCUGAAAAAAAUACUAGUGACUUUUCCACAGGAGAGCAAUUUCUCACUGUUAGAAAAAUCCAUUUGUAAAGAAAAAGAUGAAGACGAACACAAAUUUUAACAAAGGAAAUGCAUUAUACAGACUUUGGAAGCUAGAGCCGACAUGUUUUAGAUAAUGUUUUAUUACUAAAACACCUUGGGUCAUUUCUUUUUAUCAGUGUUACUAAUUUUAUCACUCAUAUUUUAACCUUUAAAAGCUGUACAGUUGGGAGAUAUUUCUAUACCUUUUUAUUGCCAAUGAACAAAAAAAAGUCAGUAUUUUAUUAAGUUGGAAGGAAAAUGAGAAAAAUCCUGUGCACUACAAGUGGCUUGGUUUACCUUUGGAUUAAGCAGUUGAGUUGUGUUGUCUACCCUUCAGUAUUACCGCACUAGAUAUACCACAUCAUCCCGCUAGCAGAUGUUAGCAUUAUUUUUCUUCUUUUCUUUUUUUGUGUUAUUUAGAUCAGAUUGUGAGCCUUAAGAAGAAAAACAAUGGAAGAUGGACGGGUCUUUUCACUUUAGUUCCUUUUAGGACGUUUAGACACAUUGUUGUCAAAAUAUCUAUCAGUGUUUUGCAGGAAUAGUUUGACAUAUUGGGAAAUAUGCUUAUCUGCUUUGUUCGUGAGAGUGAGAUGUGAAGAUUGAUACCAAUCUCAUGCCUGUUCGGUAAAUGACCUGUCAAGAAACUUAGCAUACUGUAGCAUGAAGACCAGAACAUGCAGGAAAUAUGAUAUUUCCUGCCUGAUUAGGAAAAGUAGCUAGUGAUGGAAUCUAGUUAGUUUGUUUCCUGCUGUUUACAGCAUUUAUUCUAACUUAAACAAGCCACCCCCUGGCUGUACCUUGGUAUUUACCGAGCAGAUAUGGCCGUGGUAUCUUGUUGUCUCAGGUCUUAACAUGAAAGCAAAUGAGCGUAACAUCCGUCAUGUCAAGCUAUUUUUUUAAAUGUUCAGAGUGAGCAGAAAGGAGAUGUAGAAAACUGUCUGACCCUUUCUUUACCCCUCCCUAUAACCCCCUACCCAACACCCACCUGAGGCUUAUGCAAAAAAGAAUCAAACUAAAACAAGAGAAACAUGCAAAUCAGAAGUGCCACAGAAUAUCGCUGUCGAAGCUUCGCAGGUAUGAUCAGACCUGAGCCAGCAGAAUCUAGCCGACCACAGAAUCAUGUACCAUAGACUCUAGAUGACUCGUUUUUACUUCUACGCAGAGCGACUACAUGAAUUACGAUGCACAUGUUUUCAAACGGAUGAUGAUGAUGAAGUAUGAUUUCCACUUGUUAACUGUGUCCUGCCUUUUUCAAAGCUUAUUCAGUGCACUUGUUUAACACACCACGAAACGCUCAAAUGUCUCUUCAGGUAA